AUGGGUUCUCUACUGACGCAAUUACAGUCUUGCUGCCAGAAUGAAAGUGAACGAAGUUUCUCUUUCAGCCUGACAGCAGAAGCCACUGAUGCACUACACCGCCGUUCGAAAGAAAUGGAAACAAAACGACUCCUGCUGGAUGCGUUCUCUUCCCAAUCCGAGUUUAUUGCCGUGUCAACAAUUUACGUUCUUUCGUUUCCAGCGGAACGCAUUUACGUGCAAGCUAAAGACCGCACACAAGAAACACUGGCUAUCACAGCUCAAAUGGGGAUAAAUUACGCUAGAAUGGAGUUUGAAGGAGUGCCUAGGCAUGGUUGGGAGGUGAAUGUAGAACGGCGCACGUGUGGAUACCGCUACUACUGGAAGUUUUCUGUAUGCGUGCAUGUCCUCUUCGCUAUGAGGCAACGAAGCUACGUAGACCACCCUGGUAAUCAGAUGCUUGUCAACAGGAGUACUAGCAACAAGCGGCGACGGACAAAAAAACAAGGCUCAGGUCGUCCAGCUCUCAAUGGUCCCAGGUAUGUCUAG